UUUUUUAAACAAAAAUGGCGUGCGCCUUGUCAUUACGGCAGCGGUGCUUUCUGUGUUUCGCCACUGUUAGAUCCAUGCGUAUGUUGCCAACAACAUCACGAAAAAUACAGACUACAACCUCUCAAAAUGAAGAGACCGCAGAUAUUGUCAUAUCGGGUGGCGGCAUGGUUGGAACUGCCAUGGCAUGUGCACUUGGACAUGAAGAGCUUCUUAAAGACAAGAAGAUUGUGUUGUUAGAAGCUGCAGCCAAGAAAAGCUACACUGUACCAGAGGCCUUCAGCAACAGAACGUGUGCCAUAAGUCCUUCAUCUGUAGACUUGCUUAGCAGUGUUGGUGCAUGGAAUGAAGUAGAACAGAUGAGAUGUCAUUCUGUGAAAAGAAUGCAGGUUUGGGAUUCCUGUUCAGAUUCCCUGAUUACAUUCAGCAAUGAUAAUCUCCUGGAUGACCUGGCAUAUAUUGCGGAGAAUGAUGUGAUAGAAGAAGCGUUGAGAAGGCGUCUGGAGGCUGUCUCAGAUCGCGUGGAUGUGAGGUACCAGACAUCAGCUAAGUCCUUCAUCAUACCAGGGGUUACCCCGGGCCACGCAGAAACACACCAGAAUUCCUGGGUAACUGUUGGAUUACAGGACAACUGUGUGCUGAAAACUAAGCUUCUGAUUGGAGCUGACGGUAUAUUUUCUGCAGUGCGUAAAGCAGGGGAAUUCCAUACAAUUCAGAGGGAUUACAAACAGACGGCUGUGGUAGCAACUCUUCAAGUAGAUGAGUCCAUUGAUAACUCUGUUGCCUGGCAGCGGUUUUUGCCCACUGGUCCUAUUGCCAUGCUGCCUUUAUCCAGUAAAUACUGUAACCUUAUAUGGACGACAACACCAGACCAGGCCAGGUACUUGAAGGAAAUCCCAGAAGAAAGUUUCGUAGAUGCUGUUAAUGAUGCAUUUUGGCAUGACCGUGACAGAAAUGAUUUGGUGGUGAAGGCAGGAGAAAUGUUCCAAAGUGUGAUAAAUACUACAGUACAAGGUGAGAAAUGACUAGAGAAUG